CUAGAAUCUAGGUUAGAGACGUGGACAUACCCCCAAAACUCUGGAGACAAAACACCACCCAAAUUGAACCAUGUGCCACAUUCAUAUUUGUUAACAACCAUUUUAUAUAUUUAUAUAUAUAUUCACUGUUUUUUACUCCUUCACGUUUGGAUUUCGAAUACGGUAAAGGGAUAAGCUUAGACUGAGCUUGGGCUUAGAUUAGGUCCUUUCUCUCUCUUCCUUACAAAAGCUUCCUUCUUUCCUUCUUUUGUUUGUAUAUUUGUAGAAUUAAUAACACUUUUCAGUCAAAAAAGCAUUAAUUAGCUGAGAAUCUUUUCAAGUCUUAUUUUUUUUCUUAUCUUUCUUCUGUCUGGGUUCUUGAGUUUAGAAUUCAAGGAUAUAUAGGAAUAGGAUAAUAUAAUAAACACUUGAAAAAAAUCCCUAACUGGGUCUGCAAGGAAGAAAGAGGAAAGUGAAGAUGUUGGAAGGAAAAGCCUUGAUCGAGGACACUGACAUGCCUGUUAAGAUGCAGAUGCAAGCCAUGGCCGCUGCUUCUCAAGCUCUAGAUAUCUUUGAUGUUUUUGACUGCAGAUCUAUAGCUGCCCACAUAAAAAAGGAGUUUGAUAAGAGAUAUGGGUCUGGUUGGCAAUGUGUGGUGGGUUCAAACUUUGGGUGUUACUUCACUCAUAACAAAGGAACUUUCAUCUAUUUUACCCUGGAGACUCUUAGUUUUCUCAUCUUCAGGGGAGCUUCUUCCUCUCAAUGAGCUCAAAGGCCAAGUUUUUCUUACACAGCUUUGGAUGUUCGAGAGAAAGAGUAGAGGGGCAACAGAAACAGUACCGUACAGUUAUUUUUCCUUCUUUAACUGUUUUAUCAUUGUGGAGACAAAAUGGUCCAAAUAAUUGAGGGUAGUUUUGGUUUUGGCUUCGUCAUGUGAAACUGACUGUGUUGUUUGUGGUCUUUAUUAAGGACCCCUUAUAGUUGCCUUUCUUUGAUGAUGAUGAUCAAUGCUGUGGUUUUGGUGAGAUUUCCUUCGAAAUUUUCAUACGUGGGACUUCUUCCUCCCUCCUAGGACUACUGCCCAUUAACUUCCUAGCUGGUUUUUAUGACCCAUUAAUGUUUUUGGUCUUUAUUUCUUUGAAUAUUUUCGUAAUGACUUUCAAUAGCUUACUUGCUCUGUUUUUAGUGCCUUUGUUUUUGGGUGGUUCGUCACCUUCCUUUGUUUGUAUCUUUCUAGAUCCUUAUCUAAUAAUUUGGACUUUUAAGGUAUAGUGUAGCUAUGUUUGUUUGUAUGUAUUGAAGCUUAGCUAAUGUAGUGUCUAUCUUUUAUGGA